GCUCGAUGAGAGAAAGGGAAAGUUAAGGAUGCUGGAGCAGAACAAUGGAUUUCUCUUUCUCUUUCAUGCAAGGGAUCAUGGGAAACACAAUUCAGCAACCACCUCAACUCAUUGACUCGGCCAACAUCCGCCAGGAGGAUGCCUUUGAUAACCACAGUGACAUUGUUGAAGAUGGUGGCCCGACACCCUUUGAAGCUACUUUGCAACAAGGUUUUCAAUAUCCACCUACAACAGAAGACCUUCCUCCGCUCACAAAUGGCUACCCACCAUCAAUCAGCUUGUAUGAAACUCAAACCAAAUACCCGCCAUAUAAUCAGUAUCCCAAUGGGUCAGCCAACGGUUUUGGUGCAGUUAGAAACUUUAGCCCUACUGACUAUUACCAUUCAGAAAUUCCAAACACAAGACCACAUGAAAUUCUGGAAAAACCUUCUCCUCCUCAGCCACCUCCUCUUCCUCCUCCUCCUCCUCCUCCUCCUCCUCCUCCUUCGGUACCACAAACUGUGAUUCCAAAGAAGACAGGCUCACCCGAGAUUAAACUAAAAAUAACCAAAACUAUCCAGAAUGGCAGGGAAUUGUUUGAGUCUUCCCUUUGUGGAGACCUCUUAAAUGAAGUACAGGCAAGCGAGCACACAAAGUCUAAGCAUGAAAGCAGAAAGGAAAAGAGGAAAAAGAGCAACAGACACGAGUCAUCUCGAUCCGAAGAGCGGAGGUCACACAAGAUUCCCAAGCUAGAGCCGGAGGGACAGAAUAGACCAAAUGAGAGGGUGGACACUGCACCAGAGAAGCCAAGAGAAGAGCCAGUGCUCAAAGAGGCCAUCCCGGUUCAGCCAAUACUGUCUUCUGUUCCAACAACAGAAACAUCCACUGGUGUUAAGUUCCAGGUUGGUGAUCUUGUUUGGUCCAAGGUGGGAACCUACCCUUGGUGGCCUUGUAUGGUUUCAAGUGAUCCCCAGCUUGAGGUCCAUUCCAAAAUUAACACAAGAGGUGCCCGGGAAUAUCAUGUCCAAUUUUUUAGCAACCAGCCAGAGAGGGCAUGGGUUCAUGAGAAACGGGUACGGGAAUACAAAGGUCAUGAACAGUAUGAAGAGUUACUAGCCGAGGCAGCCAAGCAAGCCAGCAAUCAUUCUGAAAAGCAAAAGAUUCGGAAACCCCGACCUCAGAGAGAACGUGCCCAAUGGGACAUUGGCAUUGCUCAUGCAGAGAAAGCAUUGAAAAUGACUCGGGAGGAAAGAGUAGAGCAGUACACUUUCAUCUACAUUGAUAAGCAGCCAGAAGAGGCUUCGUCCCAAGCAAAGAAGAAUGUUACCUCUAAGACGGAAGUCAAGAAACCCCGAAGACCAAGAUCUGUGCUGAACAGUCAGCCAGAACAGACCAAUGCUGGGGAGGUGGCCUCCUCACAAUCAAGUACUGACCUUCGAAGGCAGAGCCAGAGGCGGCAUACUAGCUUGGAAGAGGAAGAGCCACCUCCUGUUAAAAUCGCCUGGAAAACAGCAGCCGCAAGGAAGUCCUUACCAGCCUCCAUCACAAUGCACAAAGGGAGCCUAGAUUUGCAGAAGUGUAAUAUGUCUCCAGUUGUGAAAAUUGAACAAGUGUUUGCUCUCCAGAAUGCAACAGGAGAUGGGAAGUUUAUUGAUCAGUUUGUUUAUUCAACGAAGGGUAUUGGUAACAAAACAGAAAUAAGUGUCAGGGGGCAAGACAGGCUUAUAAUCUCUUCACCAAGUCAGAGAAGUGAAAAGCCGGCUCAGAGCGCGUCAUCUCCGGAGGCAACAUCUGGUUCUGCAGGCCCAGUAGAGAAGAAGCAGCAGAGAAGAUCCAUCAGGACUCGAUCUGAGUCAGAGAAGUCCGCCGAGGUUGUGCCAAAGAAGAAGAUCAAAAAGGAGCAGGUUGAGACAGCUCCCCAGGCCUCCCUGAAGACCGGGUUACAGAAAGGUGCCAGCGAGAUUUCAGAUUCCUGUAAGCCCCUAAAGAAAAGGAGUCGCGCCUCAACGGAUGUAGAGACGGCUAGUUGCACGUACAGAGACACAUCUGACUCCGAUUCUAGAGGACUGAGUGACGGGCAGGUAGGCUUUGGCAAACAAGUAGAUAGCCCGUCAGCUACUGCUGACGCAGAUGCUUCUGACGCGCAGUCGGUGGACUCGAGUCUGUCACGGAGAGGUGUCGGCACGAGUAAGAAGGACACUGUGUGUCAGGUCUGUGAGAAGGCUGGCGACUGCCUUGUUGCUUGUGAGGGGGAGUGCUGCCGACACUUUCACGUGGAGUGCUUGGGACUGACUGCAGUCCCUGAGGGCCACUUCACCUGUGAGGAGUGUGAGACUGGACAGCACCCAUGUUUUUCAUGUAAAGUGUCUGGUAAGGAUGUGAAACGUUGUUCUGUUAGUGUCUGUGGAAAGUUUUAUCAUGAAGCCUGUGUCCGCAAAUUCCCCACUGCCAUCUUUGAGUCAAAAGGAUUCCGCUGUCCCCAGCACUGUUGCUCUUCCUGCUCUAUGGAGAAAGACAUCCACAAAGCAAGUAAAGGCCGCAUGAUGAGGUGUCUGAGAUGCCCGGUCGCCUAUCACGUUGGAGAUGCGUGUGUCGCUGCUGGAAGUGUAUCUGUGUCCUCGCACAUUCUCAUCUGUAGUAACCAUUCCAAGCGGAGUAGUCAGUCUGCUGCUAUAAACGUAGGCUUUUGUUUCGUUUGUGCCAGAGGGCUGAUAGUUCAGGACCAUUCAGACCCCAUGUUCAGUUCCUAUGCCUAUAAAUCCCACUACCUACUGAGUGAAUCAAACCGUGCUGAGUUGAUGAAAUUACCUAUGAUUCCUUCUUCGUCAGCUUCCAAAAAGAGAUGUGAGAAAGGUGGAAGAUUGCUCUGCUGUGAAUCGUGCCCUGCUUCCUUCCACCCAGAAUGCCUGAGCAUAGACAUGCCAGAAGGCUGCUGGAAUUGCAAUGACUGUAAAGCUGGCAAGAAACUGCAUUACAAACAGAUUGUUUGGGUCAAAUUGGGAAAUUACAGAUGGUGGCCUGCAGAGAUUUGCAGUCCCAGGUCUGUGCCGCUGAACAUCCAGGGCCUUAAGCAUGACUUGGGGGACUUCCCCGUGUUCUUCUUUGGUUCUCACGACUACUACUGGGUUCACCAAGGCAGAGUGUUCCCUUACGUUGAAGGAGACAAACACUUUGCAGAGGGACAGACUAGCAUUAACAAGACCUUCAAAAAAGCACUGGAAGAAGCUGCAAAACGUUUCCAGGAGCUGAAAGCCCAGCGUGAAAGCAAGGAGGCUUUGGAGAUGGAGAGGACCUCCAGGAAACCCCCUCCCUACAAGCACAUCAAGGCCAACAAAGUCAUAGGGAAGGUGCAGGUCCAGGUGGCUGACCUGUCGGAGAUCCCCCGCUGUAACUGCAAGCCUGGUGAUGAGAACCCGUGUGGCCUGGAGUCGCAGUGUCUGAACAGGAUGUCACAGUAUGAGUGUCACCCGCAGGUGUGUCCUGCUGGGGACCGCUGUCAGAACCAGUGCUUUACAAAGAGGCUGUACCCCGAUGCAGAGGUCAUCAAGACCGAGCGGCGAGGAUGGGGCCUCAGAACCAAAAGAAGCAUCAAAAAGGGGGAAUUUGUAAACGAGUAUGUCGGUGAAUUAAUUGAUGAAGAAGAGUGCAGACUCCGAAUCAAGCGAGCCCACGAGAACAGUGUAACUAAUUUUUAUAUGUUAACUGUUACCAAGGACCGUAUAAUUGAUGCUGGACCAAAGGGAAAUUAUUCUCGUUUCAUGAACCACAGUUGUAAUCCAAACUGUGAGACACAGAAGUGGACUGUAAAUGGAGACGUUCGAGUUGGACUAUUUGCUCUUUGUGACAUUCCUGCAGGGAUGGAGUUAACGUUUAACUAUAACUUGGACUGUCUGGGCAACGGCAGGACAGUGUGCCACUGCGGAGCAGACAACUGUAGUGGAUUUCUAGGAGUGCGGCCAAAGUCUGCAUGCACAUCAGCAGUUGACGAGAAGACAAAAAAUGCCAAGUUGAAGAAGAGGCGGAAAGUCAAAGCGGAGGCAAAGCCAAUCCAUGAGGAUUAUUGUUUUCAGUGUGGGGAUGGUGGAGAACUGGUCAUGUGUGACAAGAAAGACUGUCCCAAAGCUUACCACCUCCUAUGCCUUAACCUGACUCAGCCACCCCACGGAAAGUGGGAGUGCCCGUGGCAUCGGUGUGACGAGUGUGGCAGUGUAGCCGUUUCCUUCUGUGAAUUCUGUCCACACUCAUUCUGUAAGGCUCAUGGAAAAGGGGCUCUGGUGCCCUCUGCACUAGAAGGUCGUCUCUGCUGCUCCAGCCACGACCCUGCAUCUCCUGUGUCACCAGAAUACUGGAGCAAGAUCAGAUGUAAAUGGGAAUCCCAAGAUAGUGGAGAAGAAGUAAAGGAGUGAGCGGUGGUGACCUCCUCCCACUGCUCUCAGUAAAGAGGCGCAGAGAGGCCACGCCUGCCCUGCCCUGCCGUCAGUCCGCCUUGACGGAGAUGGGCGCCAGCUCACACAGGCUAAAGCACUUGCUGGUGUCUGGGUUUUCUAUUUUGUUGUUUGGGGGAUAAUUUUGUGGACAGCAAAAUUCCCUUGGUCUCUUCUUGCCUUUCAUUGUGCUUCAGUGUCUUUGCAAUCAGCAAAAGAGGUGUCCUUGUUUUUAGAGUUGAGAGAGAGAAAAUUAAAAGAAAGUUUUGUCUAUACGAUCAGUGUAAAGCCUAAGAUGUACUCCCGGGUUAUGUAAAGUGAAAGUAGUCAUUCCUGUAUUUAUUUUCAUUUUUAGGUAUUCUGAGAAGUGUAGUUCAAACAAUCUAACCUCCAUGAGUGCUCGUGCGUGUACGUGCGCGUGUGCGUGUGUGUGCAAGCGUGCAUGACUGUCACCUUUAUAUACCUCUUUCCUGAGCCAUAGAGUGGCUAACUUCUCUUUCCUUUUUCCCGGGCCUUUUCUCGGGUCAGAGAAGGCUCUCAGCAAGUAUUCAGACUGGCCUCUUGAAAACAAACUCCUUGACAGCAUUUACCUCUGUGGUCUUAAACUGGGUGGGCUUCAUGGUGCGCCAACUCUACGUAGAAAUAUCUUAGAGGGACAAGGAGUGAGUGCAUUCUACUCAUUGUGAUUUUCUGAAACAUUUGAGGGAUGUGAAUACAUAGGGGAAUGCUCAUUCCUGCUGUCCUGACCACUGGCAAGAGGCUAAAGAAAGAUAAGGCACAGACCAAACAUUGGAUCAUAUAUGCACCAUUUUCUGACCAAUUUAAUGUAGACUCCAGUCUAACCUGGAAUUUAAGGGCAUUUUAUUUUCUGUCUUUCCCUCUGCCAAUCAUGUUUCCUUUGCCAGCUGGGUCACUCAGUCAUGUUUCCUGGUAAAGCUAUAUAACUGAAUCUGAAUUAUAUGAAAUAGACUUUUUCAGUUGAUUUCCUAACUUAGGGAUGAUGCAAGUGGACAGAAACAUCCCUAAGUUAUAUGUGAACCAUUUCUACUUAGUAUUAUGCAAUACUUAAGACUGUCCCCAUUGCAUAAGGGGAAGAACUUGCUCUUUUACAGGGUAUGUAGGAGCCACAGAGAUGCUCCAUGUAGAAAGCACUUGAAACCGCCCCCCACAAAGUCAGUGUUUGCAAACAUGGCUGUGAGGUUUGAAUAGUACAGACCCAAGCAUACCAAGGCGUCGGCCCGCAGAAUUCACUUGCAUCUAGCACUUAGGAUCUAGUCCAGUAUUACUUGUGUGAAAUCAUGUCAGACAUGGUAACAUUAGACUAAAUAAAAAUCUAGUGUUACCAUGAAAUAUGAACUUCCUCAGUGUGUUUCAACUGCUUACUGGAGGUACCCAGUAGGCUCUCUUCUCCUCAAGAACCUAUACUUUACUAACGUAGGGCACGAGAUGCUCUAUGACACCCUGUAGUUAUGUUAGGUGCGUUUGUCCUUUUUUUAGUUUUUUACAAAUCAAUUCAGACCUCAUCUCUGGACAAAAGAAAGAGCAAUUUUGUGCCUCUUUUUUUUAAAUAUAUAUAAAUGUGCAAUUUAUAGGCAACAGACACUACAGUUCCUCUCUAAGCUCCUGAACUGCCAUUUACCUAGUCUAGCACUUGUGGUAAUCCCGCUGGCUAGACAAGCUCCUGUGAGGAGGGAGACAGGACGGUACCCAGCACCCAGUGCAGUCCCUACGACCGACUCGAACGAAGCACAGCCCACGCAAACACUAAACUCUCUGCUCUUGAGCAAUUAUGAAGUUUGAUGUCCUUUAAAACAAUAAUGUAAGAGUAUCUGGGUUUUGUCAUAUUAAAUUUUAUUUUAUACAGACAUAACAUUUUUUAAACUUGUUGAUAAGCGACUUCCUUUGAUAUUCCAAAUGUAACCCUCAUGAGAACAAUGUCCGAUAUGAGAUUGUAUCUUGUUUCCUUUUUGACCUCGUGCUUUUUAGUAUCUGAUAACUUUUAUAGAGUAAGCCCCAGGGUUCAUCAUGUAUUUAUAAAUACCCUACCCUGACCUAUCUCUCUCCUGCUUCUCUGCUAUGGCUCGCUUGUUUUUAUAUCUAUAAAAGGACUUUGCACUUUUCAGAUCUUUUCCUACUAGAUGACUAACAGGCUUGCUCUCAGAAGCCUGCCUGCUCCAAGCCAAGUGCAAGGGCGACUGCCUGUGCCAUCAUCGCAGCCUGGGUCUUAGAACUGAGGGUUAGGAAGCAGAACGUUGGCUGACUGGUGUAAGUAUACGUACACCGUCGGUCGUUUCAUGUCCUGUGUCAGUGACAUUGCAAGGCACUGUGCUUACUCGGAGCCUGAAGCUGCUUGGUGGUAGCUUUUCAAUAUGGUUUAGGUAUACAGCAUUUGUGGUUGAUUUUAUUCAGCCCAGAAAUAAAGGACUCAAAGCAGCAUGGGAUACUAGUGGUAUUUCCUAACCUCAGGAGGAAGAUGAGAGUUCUGGUUAUCAGUGGAAAGCUUUAGAAAUUGGGCUGGAAAGAGCUAGAGAUGAUAGCACGAGACCAUCACAAGCACUGUGCCUUGUAGGUGUCGCUGGGCCGCCAGGGUAGCUGCCUGUGUCUGGCCAAGCAGGAUGGGACCAGUGCUCGUCACUGCCAGUGUGCUGCAGUAACCUCUGAUUUCAGUCUCCAGUCAGGGUGGGGAUCAGAGUGGAGUAGGUUUUAUCUUCACUUUUGCUUUGCAAGCCCUACCUACUCUUAUUUUAAUUCUCAAAAAUUACCUUUCCUAAGCUGUAGAAUAGACUUGAGUUUUCUGUGCGUUAUAUAAAUAACAUAUAUAUAUAUAUAAAUAUAAAAUGUUUUAUAUAUAUAAGUGGUGUGUGUGUGUGUGUGUGUGUGUGUGUGUGUGUGUGUGUGUGUACACAUACAUACUGAGUUAGGAAGUAUUUGAAACUAAAGAGAUAAUAAGGGCCUGCAGCCCACUGCUUCUGUCAGUGUCUCCCACUGCAGUGUUUGCGGAAGUGUGUGUAACUAAUAUGGAUCUGAGAUACUGAGGGUCUGUCUGCUCAUGUGAAAUACUCGGCUGGACUGGUAGGCAGCUUUUAUGCAGUGGCUUCUUUUUUGAGUACUUUCUUACUGUUUCGGGUCAAAGCCAGACUACAGUUUGAAGUCCUCCCAUUAUCUGUUCAGAACAUAGACCCGGCUCUCCAAGACCUGCCGCUAAUCUUGUCAAAACAACACUCCUCUUGCAGCACUUCCCCACGGAGCUAAAAUGCUGCCAACCACAUGCCAUGCCCUAAUGGGAGAGGGAGACAAAUUGCCUCAGUCUCCCUGAGCGUGAGCAGCGUAUGGUCUUUAUGUUUCUCAAGGCACUGCUUCAUUUCUAGACUUGAAUUGCUUUUCACGUGGCUGUUGCAUCUGACCAUCCCGGACUCUGCCAGGCUGCUAAGGGCAGCGUGGAAGUGAUCGGAUGGCAAGGUCCUCAGGAAGGACCGCCCACACUUGGUCUUUGCUUAUUUGUAACAGAAUGGUUGGUUACGGAAAGGUCUGGUCCCUCCUUGGAUGGACGAAGGGAUCCGUGUAGGCAGCUUUGCAGUGGAUUGUUGUAUGGACUGAGGUGUCACAGUUUUCACCUUGGGUGGGGGAAUGGGAAUGUGGGGAGAAAGGGAGGGAAAGGUACAGUGCAGUUCCCCUAACACCGAGACCCCCCCACCCCAUUUGAAUUCAGGCUCUUCAAUUCCUUGGGACUUCAGAUUCUCAUUUUAUAUUUUACAGUUUUAAAAUUAAGACAUGGAAAGCAUCAUGUUGUAUACUGUCAGAUAUGCAGUCCUCCCGACGGGAGCACGGGCAUCUUAGGUUUCUUGGCACCUUUGAGGUCGGAGCUCGUGCAUGUUGAGAAAUGAUUUCCCUGCGUCUUUGUUUUGCCUUUUUCUCCUUUCCUUGCCUCACCCCUGGGUAGCUGGUCUUUCUGUUUAACAUAUGCUUGUGUGGGGGGAAGAGGGCGCACUUAUGUUAUACUCCUAAAAUGCUAUGUAUAACCUUUGUUUCAAAAACCCAUUUCCACUGGGCAUGGUUGCACACGCCUUUAAUCCUAGCACUCCAGAAGCAGAGGCAGGAGGAUCUCCGAGAGUUCAAGGCCUACCUAACGCUUCCCAGCCAGCCAGGACUAUGUAGAGAGACCCUGUCUCAAAAAGGGGGGGAAAAUCAAUUGUUUGGCUUUUGUCAAUCCAUUGCAAAAGUGGCAGAUGUGAGCGCUUGUAUUUGUGUAUGGGGGAGGGGGGAGAAAAGUAUUGUUUGUCCUUCAGUAGGCUCUGAAAGUCAUUGACUUGUAAGUUCAAGGGAAAAUAGAAGUUGCCAAAGUCAGUAUUCGGUCCUUGGUUUUCUUGUGACUUCACUGCGUCCGUUAAGGGACGAGAAGCCUUCCUUACCUGCUGACUGAGCCUUGCUCUGUGCAGAUGGCUUUCAAGUAUCUGCCAUUUUGCCUCAACAGGGAAUUCUUGUCAGUUAAAGGGAAUGAGGGAAUUACACUUUUGUUAUCAAUUAACAUCUCAUUUUUUGUACCCUAUGGUAAGUAACUGUAUUGCCGCUAAUAACCAAGUUGCUAACUGAUUACAGCUGGCUAAAAAGUUCUUUUUAUAUACAAAGAUUUGUGUAUUUUCAACUGCUAUGGCAAAUUCAUUUGUGUCCAUUUAAAUAUUACACAAUAAACACAUAUCUGCAGAUCCCACCCUCACCUUGUGUUCUUUGAAUAAAGUUCUUGAUAGAUUGUUUACAUCUGUAUUUACCUGUAAUGAACGCUGUAGACCUGUGAAAUAUCAAAGUGUCAACAUCCAUUAGUCAGUCUCUUUAGUUUCUGUGACUUGGCGCUCCUAACACUAAGGGGUUAGUGUUAAUGUUCCCCAGGGGUAUUCUACUAGGGCAUUACUGUUUAAUGACUUCAAAAUAUAGUUUAAGGAUUUUGUUUAUUGACCAAUGUCUUAUUGCAAAGUAUGAGCCUACCAUCUUAGUUAACCUGUACAUAUCUGUUAACUAGUGUAGUGUAUGUGAGAUUGCCUGUAACAUUUGAGCUUCUUACUGAUGUGUGCUGGUGGGACAGGUUUUGUACAUUGUAUUUACUGGAAUCCUGCCUUUUUAACUUACAGAUACUUUAGAAUUCAAAUAUGUUUUCUGCUUCUGUAAGAAUGUGGGAAAGCUUUUAAUGGCAUUCCAUUGAUUUCAGGUCUUGCUUGAGGUUGACUUUAAUAAAUUGUCCUGUAUGGUCUACUUAA